AUGUCGGGCGAAGCAUGGCUCUUCCUCCUCUCCGUCCUUCUCAACGCCGUCAACCUCUUCCUGCAAGUCUUCUUCACGAUCAUGUACUCGGACCUCGAAUGCGACUACAUCAACCCCAUCGACCUGUGCAACCGCUUGAACAUGUACAUUGUCCCCGAAGCCGGCGUGCACGCGUUCCUGACGGCGCUGUUCUUGAUUAAUGGGUAUUGGCUGCCGUUGCUGCUGAAUUUGCCAUUGGUGGCUUGGAAUGGGAAGAAGAUCUUCGAAAACCAGCACCUCCUCGACGCCACCGAGAUCUUCCGCAAACUGAACGUGCACAAGAAGGAGUCCUUCAUCAAACUCGGCUUCCACCUGCUCAUGUUCUUCUUCUACCUCUACAGCAUGAUCGUGGCAUUGAUCCGGGACGAGUCGGCAUAG